AAGAAAGAGAGAUAGGGAAAGAGUGAGAGAGGAAGGAAGAGAGAGAUAUAGGGAGGGAGUGAGAGCGAGGGAGUGAGAUAGUGAGGGACACUGAGGGCGAAAUAUAGUGAGGGAAUGUGAUAGCGAAGGAAAGAGACAGUUAGGGAAUGUGACCUAGUCAGGGAGAUAGUGGAGAAAGGAAGUCCAAGCAUGGAAUGAGGAAGAAAGAGUAAGAUCGUGAGGGAACGUGAGAAGGAGGGACAUAGUGUUUGAGGCAGUGUGAUCCAGACAGGGAAUGAAGAACAAAGUGUAAAAAGGAAGGAGAUAGAAAAAGAGAGAACAGUGAAGCUGAGACUGCUGAGUGGCCCUUUCCAUUCUUUGGCCAUUAACCCUGGUCCAAGACAAGCCUUGGUCAGGACAAGGGGUGGAGAUGGACAAUGCAGACUCUCUGUCUCUCAGGUGGGUGAAAGGUUACACAACACGAAAGGUGCUUUUUGUGAACAAUAACACAAUAUGCUACGUGUGUGGGAACUUUUUGGUCUUCAUGGACGUAGACACUCGGCAGGAGAAGGUGCUGCAAUGUGAGACUGGGAGUAUUGGAGUUUUCACGACCAACAGUGCCAAAAGUAUUGUUGCCUUUGCAGAGCAGCGGUUAAAGCCAUUCAUAAAUCUGUACAGCUUUCCUGAACUGACCAAGACUUCUGUCCUCAAGGAUGGGGCUGAGUUAGAGUAUACGCUUCUGGAGUUCAGCUACUCAGACUUCUACUUUGCUACCUUCUCCUCGCUCCCAGAAUUCAAUCUAACCAUCUGGAACUGGAAAACAAACAUUCGUCUUUGUAGUGAGUCUCUUCUAGGCAUGAAACCUACUGUUCUGAGCUUUAACCCCAUGAACCAGCUCCAGUUGUGUCUGGCCAAUGAGGAAUGCCUGUUACUGUGGAAUAUUGAACGAUGUGAUGACUUUCACCUAUUAAAGCGCAUAGAUGUAAAGCUCCCUGCAGAAGACGGAUCUCAAGCAGUUUUAGAGGAUGUUGGGAUUGGUCCUGACAGCAGUGCUUUGACUUACUAUGGCCCAAAGAUGUUAAUAUCAGCCCAGGCAGGUCUUGUGGGAAACAUGGCCAAUACAUUUGUGCCACGGGAACUACAGAAAACUUUGAUUAAGCCUGUGUCUGUCUGCUGGACCCCAAAUUCCGAUUUAUAUGUUGGCUGUAAAACAGGACACCUUUUACUUGUAGAUGCUGAGUUGCAUAGAGCUGUUGUAUUUGCCACACCAUCCGGUGAACAAUUGUCCCCAGGCAGUUUCAGAAAUGCGUCAUCCAAUAUUAUGAUGAGUGUCCAUCCAGAACUAAAGCAAUGUGCAGUGAACACCCUCGCGCUCAACAAAAAGGGACUGUAUACAGCAGGAUUGAAUGGAAUCCUCUACUGUAUCAAGGUGACACCCCACAAAGUGGAGAUUGAGGAAUGCUUGUCAGCCGGAGCGCCAAUUAGGAACAUUGAAUUCUCAGUAGAUUAUGAAUCACUGCUUGUUGCUACAGAAGAGGGUUCAAUACAUAUUUACAAGCCAUCAGAGCCGAACAAGAUGACCACAAUCUUAGACAUACACAGUGGGGACUAUGUAUCAGCAGCUCUGCUGGGGACAGGGAAACAGUACUGUGUGUCAGCAAGAAUACUGGGUGCUGUGCAGGUGUGGUCUGUUGCAGAUGGGAAACUCAUCAGUACCCUCGUCCUUCCAGUAAAGAUCACAGUUAUGGCGAGCUGUCCUUCCUCCAACUAUGUUGCCCUGGGCACUGAAACUGGUCAGGUCUAUUUCAUAAAUCUGGCAAAAGUGGAGACCCCUCACCUGGUUUACCAACUCAAUCUCCACAAAAUGCCGAUACAGUGUUUAGAAUAUGACCAUGGGGGUCAGUACCUUAUGGCUGGAUGCUCUGAUGGACAUAUGUUCAUUGUGAAUGCUAAACCCUCCAAGCAGUUUAAAGUCAUCGGAUAUACAGAGAUAAAAAGUGAAAUUAUGGGAUGUUCUCUUGCAUUUCACAUGUCAAAGAAAAUUGUGAAUUGCCUGAUACUGGCAUGCCAGGCUAGAGAUGACAAAUCACAUGGAGCCACUCAGCUGAUUAGAUUGGAUCUUCCUGGAGAUCUAACUUCAGGUUCUUCUAUAUCUGUUGAUCACCGUGGAAUGAUGAAUGAUGUUGCUAUUUGGAAACAACACUGUCAAACCGAGUUGCCUCUGACCUCUGCAGUCCUGAACACCGACCAACACGUCUAUGGGUACUGCACUCUGACAAGGACCAUCUAUAAAUACAAGAUCACCAGGGGCCUGUCCAGUGAUACAUUUAACCUGAUCACUCAGGCUAAGGUUGAAGGCCACCAGCUAGGACCAGGAUUCCUCUACCUCUCUGCAAAUCAGCAGUGCUUGGCAUCUGUGGCCAGGGAUGGAUUCAUUCAGUUAAGAGAUGCCAACAACCUGGGAUUGCACUUUGAAACUCAGUGUCACUCUUAUCGGUUGGGAGGAGUCAAAUCUAUCACAUUGUCAUUGGACUGUCGAACUGUUCUUACAACUGGCAUCCAAGAUGGUACCAUAGUGUGUAACACCGAAAGGUUUGACCCAGCAGGGUCAGAACGGAACAAGGCAGUGCUGGAUUACAAUCGCUCAAUGAUCUCAAUGCUGGAUCAGAGCUGUGUGACCGAAGACAAAGCCCUGAUAGUGUUGGAACAGCAAAGAGAGAGCACAAAGGACAAGCUGGAUGUUGCAGCAGAUAUUUCCCAUCUCUCGCCUGGAAUCUCCACACACUCCACUGGCACCUACAGCACGCCAAGUGUCAGCAGCUCCAAGAGCUACCAAAAGCUGGAUGACAGUAGAUUCCCAGAAUCAACUUGGCUGGAAACAAAGAUGGCAGAAGCAGUUGAAAAGGACAAUCGCAAGCACAUGGAUGCCAAAGCUAAGCUAAAACAAGGAAUCAAAAAGCUUCGUACAACGGUUCGUGAGACAAUUGAGACGGAAAACCUAGCCAACCAAUACCUACGUGAAGUGAUUAAAAAAGAAUGCUGGGACAACAUGGCUGUGAAAGGACGAACGCUGGAGGCUUUCUUUUCAGGACUGGCAGUGUCUAAUUACCCAAUGAGGGAGCGCAGCAAUGAUGAGCUGGAGCUUCUCAAAAAGAUCAUGCAACAGAGAACAAUUGAAUUGAUUGACCUGAAGGCUCGAAAAGACAUCGUUGAGACACCACCUAAAAAAGAAGAGAAGGAAGAUGAGGAAGCUGAAGAUGAAGACUCAAAAGAGGAAGAGAGUGCAGCAUUGAAAGGCAGCCUGACCUGCCAGUAUGGUGUGGUAAAUCGUCACUUGUAUAAACAAUUAGAGCUGCACACAAAGGAUGAGAAGAUUAAUCAGAUCGUCCUGUUACAGGAUGUAAUUUACAACAUAAAAACCACUUUCAACAAGGAGUUUGACGCAACCUACAAACAAAAAGAGGUGGAGAUGGCUCGAGUGAAGGACCGAACUGUGCGGAUUGUGGAAAUCAUGCAGCAACUGGACAUGGAUGAAGAGGUCUGGCUGCCCACGAUGAGCAACAAGGAGUUGCCUGAGCGAGAGUUUGAAGUCCAGGAUUCUGAGGUUACAGCAGAGCGCUACCUCACCCCAGAGCAAAAACGUAAGCUGGAGGAAGAGUAUAAAGCUGAACAGCUACGGCUACUAGCUGCCAAGGCUGACAACUGGAGGGAACGUGCACUGAAAGACAUGAUGGGAGGUGUCCUGGAAACCAAGAAGUCGGACAUUCUGAAAAUGGAAAUUCCUGUACCGUAUUUCAUGGACAAACCCGAAUAUGAAUGGACUGAGGAGCAGGUCAAACAAGCUAAAGAAUAUGCCAUCAAAGAGCAGGAAUUAAAUGAAGAGAAGGACAAGUAUCGAAAGACACUGGAGUCUGAGCUGAAGAAAUUACAGAGUUCAAUUGCAGAAAGCAGAAACAAUUUUGAUGAUAUUAUGAACAAACUGUUUGAAAAAAAAGUGAGAACGGAAAUGAUCAUCUACCAGGAGGAGCUGAAGAUUUGCAAUCUGGUCUUCUCAUUGAGGAUAGAGGAAGAGAUACGAUACAGGGAUGCUCAACUUAAUUACAUACUCGAAGAGCAGAAGGAUUUCAUGGCUGUAAAGUCUCAGAUGACACAGAACAUGAAAGUGAUGGUGGACCGAUUCCGAGAGAGCUAUGAUGACCUGGUGGCUGAAGACAGACUCCUGGAUCGUGGAUUCAGGAGGGAGUUCUCUGAUGUCUCUGCUGCAAUGGUCGACCAACUUUAUAAAUUAUACAAACGCAGACCCAAGGUACAAACGCAAAGGAUCCAAGUGGCAACAGCCAACCCUUUUGAGGACCAAUCGCAGUUAGUCAAAGACAGCCAUGCCAGUUUUCUGGCUGCCAUGGUGGAUUUAGAUUCGCUUGAUUUCAAACCUGAGAACCUGGACCCUGCCGUGUGGGAUCGGUUCUGUGAAAGUAGGAGGAAAAAAAUAGAGAGUGAACAUCAGGUGAAACUGAAGGCUGUGACUCUGGCAGAGAUGCAGAUGUUCCUUCAAAGGAGGAUGGAGGAGGAUGAAAAUAAUGCACAAAUUAUCAACAAUUUGAUCCAGGAACUCAACAAGUCAGUCCCAUUUUACAUUAAGUAUAUGGCAGUCAGGGAAUUUCUGAAAAAGGGAAAAAAGUCACUUACCACCCUUAUACUGGUACCUUGGCAUCUCAAUCAAGAGACUGUGCAUUCAAGCGCAGUCUGAAUACUUAAUCCUAUAAUCUGUGUUGACACACCAUUGCAGAACUGAGGGAUUGCUACACUGUCAG